GUAUAUAUUGUGGGGGUGCACGCUGCAAUUCGGGCCGCAUUAAAGUGGACGGAAUAAUAAUAAAUAAAGAAGAAUAAAGAGUCCAGUUUAGAGGUGAAUAACAAUAGGUGCCCGCCAUGCAUUGUAUGGGAGGCAGUGUGCAAUGCUUUGGCAGGCCCCUAAUAUGAAAAUGCAAACUUUACUAUGGAUCAACAAGUGUUGAAAAAUGUAUGUAGCUUUAUUAUUGGGCCAGCAGGUGGCUCUUCUGCACGCUGGCGAGUUCCCUCUGUUGGAUUUCAGUCUGCAUUUGCACAUUCUGCUGUCACAACACACACAAGGCAAUGACAGAAUCAAAGAUCAAAAUAUGGAAGUUUUUAAAGAUUACUGUUUGCAGCUUGCUAAUUACAGCACUGGCGUUAUUCACGGCAGCAGCUAUCAGGACUCUGUCUCUGGACGUAAAUGUCGGACUUCAACUCGCACGCUGGGAAAAGUCGAACAACAUCUCACUGGUGAUUGACCAACAUCAAAGAGAGGAGCUUCUAGCCAGAUUCAAAGAGGCGGUGAGAAUCCCCACAGUGUCAUUCUCAGAUACGGAGAGCAACACCACCGCACUGCGUCAGUUUGACACUUUCCUCCGUAAAGCCUUCCCCAAAGUUUUCUCUUCAAGCCUGGUUCAUCAUGAGCUGGUGGCUAAUUACAGCCACCUGUUUCGGGUGCAGGGAUCUCAGCCGAAGUUGGUGCCAUACCUGCUGCUGGCCCACAUUGAUGUAGUACCUGCCAAGGAGUCAGAUGGCUGGGAGGCCCCUCCCUUUGCUGCUAAAGAGAUUGAUGACUUCAUCUAUGGUAGAGGGACCAUAGAUGAUAAGUGUUCUUUAAUGGGAAUACUUCAAGCACUGGAGUACUUGUUGAUUAGAGGCUACGCUCCACGCAGGGGUUUUUACAUCGGUUUGGGUCAUGAUGAAGAAGCCAGGGGUUUCAAUGGGGCGAUGAAUAUUGUGCGUGUGAUGAAGGAACGUGGUGUGAAGCUGUCAUUUAUCCUUGAUGAAGGCAUGGCUGUAGUUGAUGGAGUCAUCAGUGGACUUGAUGGACCUGCAGCUCUAAUUGGGAUUAGUGAAAAGGGCUCAGCCAAUGUGAAGCUUAGUGUGUCCAUGGCACCGGGUCACUCCUCGAUGCCUCCCAGGGAGUCCAGCAUUGGCAUCUUAGCUGCAGCAGUUAAAAGACUCGAAGAUAAUCCUAUGCCCAGGUUAUUUGGUUAUGGUGCGGAACGUGAAACCUUUGAACAUCUGGCCCACAAGUUUGGGCUUCCUCUGAAGUUCAUAAUGUCAAACUUAUGGCUCUUCUCCUCACUGCUUGGCAGAGUACUGGAAAGAAAGCCACUCACUAAUGCUUUUGUAAGGACUACCACAGCAGUGACAAUGUUCAAUGCAGGAGUUAAGGUGAAUAUCAUUCCUUCCCUUGCUGAAGCUCACGUAAAUCUGCGAAUCCACUCUGCACAUUCAUUACAAGAGGUCUUAGACUUCAUCCAAGAUACAGUGGGGGACGAGCGAGUGAAAAUAGAGCUUAUUGAUGGAUUUGACCCACUCCCCAUCAGCUCUUCUGAUGAGCAGUCCUUUGGCUUUCAGAUCAUAAAGAAAACCGUUCUGGACAUGUUUCCCACACUUACAGUUGCUCCAGGUAUUUGUAUUGGGAACACAGACAGUCGACAUUUCAAAGACCUGGCCAGUGAUAUUUAUCGCUUUGCUCCAGUCUGGUUCAAACCAGGUGAUGUUCAAAGGUUCCAUGGGAUAAACGAAAGGAUUUCCAAGAAGAACUAUGAGGAGCUUAUCGUGUUUUAUUUUAAUCUGAUUCAAAACUGUGACAUUCAGAAGCUUCCUGAACCGCACACCUCUGUUCAUGAACUUUAGUGAAUUUUUUGAUUGAUUGUCUUAAUGUGCUCUAAAUUUACAAAUUGUACAAAAUGAUUCUGUAUAAACUGAACAGGGUUAACUUGAACUAAAAGGUAAUUGCUUUUUGUAAGUCAAAUCCUUUGAUUGAAGCGCUCUAGGUCGUCCCAUGGAUGGACAAUGUCAUGUCAAUGAAUUUCCAAAGCAAGGUUUAAGAUUGUUAAAUGUUCAUGUUUAUAUGGUAGAGGACUGCUUUAAUAUAACCAAGAUUAUGGUUGUGCAAUUCACUGUUUCCUGAGCUGCUGUUGAUACUGUAAUAAUUCAUAGUGAUUGUGAAAUGCACUGAGAUGACACAGAGGUAUCGACAUAUCUAUUAACAUGCUUGGGUUUUGGAAUAAUGUGAAACUGUAUUUUUUUCAUUUGAAGACUGAAAUUUGUCAAUGUCUUAAUAAAAGACCAUUUGGAUUUGCAAA